AUGACUGAGACUGGAUAAAGGCUUGCUAAUGCUGAACUGACGAGGCAGUCACCGCUUUAGCUCAUCAACCUGCUUGGUUCAUGUUGUAAACAAAGACCUUGGUCCGAAAGAAAAUAGGAAUUAUAUAGCCACGUACAGCAUUGUCAAGGUGGACUACUUACUUUCCCAGUGCGGAAAUGCAGUCCACAGUUAAACAUAACUACCAUGCCGAGAGCGAGGCGGACGUCAACAAACUUGUCAACCUCAAGCUGACUGCAUCCUACACCUACCUUGCCCUGGGGAUGUACUUUGACAGGGAUGAUGUUGCCUUGCCAAACUUCUCAAGUUUUUUCUUGGAGCGCUCGGUGAAGGAGAGGGAGCAGGCAGAGAAGCUGCUGGAAUACCAGAACAUGAGAGGGGGGAGGAUUUUGCUUCAGACCAUUGCGAAACCAAGUAGAGAGGACUGGAGAGGUGGCCUGGAUGCAAUGUCCUUUUCUCUGGAUUAUCAGAAGUCUCUCAAUACUUGUGUGAUUGAUGUGCACCGCAGAGCUGGCACUCACAAUGACCCUCAUCUGUGUGACUUCCUUGAGCAGCACUUCCUCACUGAUAGCCAUGAGACCAUCAAGAAGCUGGGUGACUACAUUGGCAGUCUGACCCGUCUCAACGCCUCUGAGACGCACGGCGCUAUGGGAGAAUACCUCUUUGACAAACAUACACUAUAAGCAUGUUCUACAUUUUGUGAGCCGAAGAGUCCUACAGGGCAUUACUGCCUCUCACACUGCGCUCCUUUCCGUUACAGUGGCUGUGUUAUUGUCACCACCCAAACCUCAGUCUAGUACACACCACACAUUUGUUAAGAAAGCAAAGCUAAAUAAUACAGAAUACCUCAAUUUUUCCUUUAUGUUUCAGUGACACAAUUGUGACGUCUAGACCCUGGUGCUAGAAAGUAUGUUGUUUCUCCAGCUGAUUUUCAAAAGAGUCACAUUUUAUAGUUACUUAAGCUCCAUAACUGUCAUGCAUUCCAUUGGUCAAAAAAUUCUACCUUUAUAACUAUUUUCUGAAAAAUGCACACUAUUUUGGAUCAGACAAUUUGCCGUUACUGUGAUGAAUUGAUAAAAUAUGCCUCUUGAAUAAAGUAAGCUUAUAUUGACA